AUGGCAUAUCAAUUCUUUUUAAAUCCAAACUGGAAUUCAGUACCAAAACUAACUGAAGGUAUACCAAAAGCCACAAAACCAAAUAGUUCAGAUAUUCAAUUAAAAGGUACUUAUAGUCAAUACUUUAAAACCAAAGUAGAUAAAGUAAUUCCAGGAUACAUCAAUGAUGAAAAUGAACAAAAGUAA